ACCUAUCUAAGCCUGGUGUGGAUCUGCUUUGCUGUAUGUCCUGGUCAACCGUACAUUCAAAAGUGACUGGGACUUUAUUUCAUUGCUUUAGUUCGCUGAGUUGACUUUUGUUCAGCUGGUUUUACUAUAAGCAGCCUGGGUCCGCGUUAUUAUUCAAAGUCCAGCUUGCCUGAUUUUCUAUCAAUUUGUGAUUGCGUUCAUCAACAGUCAGAUGAUGCUGAGCGAGUGUGUGUGUCACUUUAAGAGUCGGCGUUCCUGAUUUGACUGUACUUUACUUCAUUACGAGUUGGAUGACAGUUUUAUUAUUCUUUAUUCUACAUAUUUAGUUUACCCCCCUUUAAUGUUCCAACUGCGUGCGCGUCACGCGGACAUCGUCGACUUUAGAUUUUUAGUUGCCUGAUUAAUAAGCGUGUAAAUGAGCGCGAUCGCAGUGCGUGUCGCUUUAAGAGUCAGUCUUCGGUGCCUUCUUGAUAUUAAUAGAGCUGCUGUGUCUUCCUCCUCUGACGUAAUGCCCACAGCCUACAGAGAGAGACGGGCAGAGGGGUCCUGUCACAGCACAGCGAUAACACUCCUCUCAACAAGCAAGUGAUUACAAUAACAACAGCGGAUGACGAGCCGCCGCGCGUUGCUUUGCCGCGUGCGGCCAAUAAUAUCCUCCGCCGUCGGAAUACUGCCAUGAACGAGCCCAACAAAGUCACUAGUCGGCCGGCGGUAGCCUAGUGUAGCGCGCCGCCGCGGAGCCUCCACUAUCUCUCUCCCUCCCAGACCAAAGAGAAAAAAGAGACGGCCAAGACACAGUCACCCCGUCCGACAUCAUCAACAAACAAAAAGCCCACAAAGAGACGCGGCAGACCUGCAGCCAGCCACCGUCCGGCCAGCCACCAUCUUAACAGACACACACAGAGAGACAGAGGCUGGGGCUUAUUGUGAUCAACAGGUUGUUAAGGUGAUGCCGGACCCUGACAGCCGUGACCGUGAGCCCGAAGCACGAGUGAAAAAAUAGAACACGCGGGACAAAAAGGAGCUUUUUACGCAGAUCUACAACCCACUUGAUCAAACUCAGGCGGAGUUCCCCCUGUUGCUCAGACCUGUGUGGAGUUACGUGGACCUAAUGAUGGAAGUGGAGGGAUUUUAGUGGAGGCCUGACGCCUGGUUCCUGCUUGUCGUGGCCGUGUGGACUACAGCGGGCCUGUAGUGGGACUGUGCUGCCGGACGGAGCUCGGCGGCACCGGCCUCCAUUGAGCUGCUUCAACAGAGCUGACGCCAAGGCCAGGAGUCAGCCAUGAUGUUUUUAUAGCCUGAUGAAUAGCAGCGAGAUGGUGAGGAAGAAGAAUCCCCCUAUCCGAAGUGUGGGAGGCGAGGAGGAGGAAGAGGAGGAAGAGGGGAGGAGGCCGGCAGGAGAAGAAGAGGAGGAGGGAGAGGAAGAGGGGAGAGUAGGAGCCGAGGCCGAACGAAUAAACCGCCCCUCGGAACCAGAGUCGUCUGAGCGGAUCCGAGGCGACGAGGAGCAGGAGGACGAGGGAGGAGAGAGCGAGUGCGUUUCCUCGUCCGUCUCGCCCUCGUCCGUCAGUGAUCGCUACAGCAACGAGGAGAGGGGGGGGAGGAGAGGAGCGGCGAGGAGGGCCAAGCAAGGAGGAGCGGCAUUGACUGACAAACCCGAGAGCCAGUCGGAGCCCGAGGACGGCGAGAGGGGAGCGGAUGAAGGGGCGAGGGGCGUCAGAGGCAGGGGGGAGGCAGACCUCCUCACCCCCCCUCUGCUCUGCGUCCCCCACCUCCUCCUCCGACAGGAAGGGGGGGAGGAGUCCACGAGCGACACCCCUCCGCUUUCCUCCAGCCCCUCGCCCAAACUUCAGGACUAUAAGUGCAACGUGUGCGGGUACGGUUACUAUGGCAACGACCCCGCCGACCUGGUGAAGCACUUUAGGAAGUAUCACCUGGGCCUGCACAACCGCACGCGGCAGGAUGCUGCGCUCGACACACACAUCCUGGCCCUUCACAACAUGGCCCCCCAACACACGCUUCUAGACAUGCAGGCAGGACAGGGACAGACGAACCAAGCCAAAGAGUCGAGCAAGACGAGGCCAGAUAUGCACAACCCGCAGCACAGGACAGUCAUGAUGAAUGGCACAUACGAUGUUCAGGUGACAUUAGGUGGUACGCUAAUCGGGAUUGGCCGGAAGACGUCUGACUGCCAGGGGAACACUAAGUACUUCCGCUGCAAAUUCUGCAACUUCACGUACAUGGGCAGCAACUCCCUAGAACUCGAGCAGCACUUCCUGUCCUUGCAUCCGAACAAAGUCAAAACGCCGCCCACCACGCCCCUGCUGGCCAACCACAACCUGGCAACGCACGACGCGCCGCCGAAGGCGCGCGGCCCGGCGCCCGACGGGGCGGAGCGCGUGGGCGUGAGGGCGGAGGACGACGCCCUGGUCGGGUACUCCGUCCCCGUCGGGGCGUGUUCCGAUCUGCCUAGCUGGACGGGCGAGCCCGGCAGCCUGCAGGCGUACUAUUGGUGCAAAUUCUGCAGCUGGAGCUGCGAGUGGUCGGGCGGCUCGGCUAAGCUUUUAGAGCACUAUGAACAAAGGCACAGAGCGGGCGCCGGCGGCGCCAUGAGCCCCAGCAACUCAAAUCCGGCCCUUGUGGACAGAGAGAGAGAGCGAGGGGGGAGGCGGGAGGCGGGAGAGCGAGAGCACGCGGCGCCUAAGAGCCGGAAAGACGCAUCGUCGAACCCGUCCGGCACCAGCCAAGGCGACCUGAACAGCAGCGAUUCGGAGGCAGUCGUGACCAGCUACAACUGUCAGCUGUGCGACUUUCGGUACUCGAUGGCCCACAGCGCAGACGUGAUCGUGGUGGCGCCGCUGCUCCUGCACUACCAGCACAACCACUCCAUCCACCGCUGCUGCAUCCAGCACUGCAUGUACUGUCCACAGGGGCUCUGCCAGCCGCAUAAACACCUGGGGGAGAUUUCUCAUCCCUUCGCUUGUCGGAAGCCCACCUGCUCUAAAUGCUGUAGCAAGUUCCCGCAGUCCACCAAGCAACAGGACGCCGCGGGUUCAAAGUCCGCCGGCAACAACUCGCCCAGCGUGACCCCUCCCAAUCCCAGAGGUGACCCAGGCGUGACCCACCUAUGCGACCAGUGCGUGUUUGCCACCACCGACAUCGACGUGUUGCUGCAACACUAUGAAAGGUGCCACACGCAGGUCAACCUAAAGGGGGCUUCUCCACACGUCAAGGCCGAGGAGGAGGCGGUGGGAGACAAGGAAGGGGGGAGAGGGGACGUCGGAGAGAGGGAGUACUCGUGUACGAAAUGUCACUUCAUCACAGAGGUGGAGGAGGAGAUAUUCAGACACUAUAGACGUGUCCAUGCGUGUUGCCGCUGCCGACGCUGCGACUUCACGGCUCCAGAUUCAUCAGCGCUCCUCGACCACUUUAACUCCGCUCACUACCACGACUCCUCUUCCUCACUGAGCUCCCUGCCGGCCCCACUCACGCCGUCGCUCACGCUCUCGGCCAACGGCUGCUCGGCUCCGUCCACCUUAGCCAUCAAAGAGGAGAGCAAGGGUGACCUCCGCUUACUCUACUCGCUGGCGCCGCCCGAGGGACGGCUGGCGGAGGGAGGCAGAGAGGAGGCAGGAGGGGUGGUAAAAAGCGAGGGGGGUGAGGAGAAAGAGAGAGAGCGAGAGAAAGGCUGGGUGAUUGGGGAAACGAGAGGACUGGGGGAGAGAGGAGGUGAGCAGGCCCAUGGUUUACUCUGGGUGCCCAAGGAGCGAAUGGGACCCGAAAGAGGGUCGGGAGGUGGGAGCCCCUCUCUCUUCUCCUCCUCUAUCCCGCUGUCUUUUGUUUCAGCCAAUCACGACGCCGCGCAGCAGAAAAGAGGCGUGGCGUCACCUAGCAUGGUUUACCUGGGAGACACCAAGUCAUUUUUGGGAGAUACCAAGCUGUUGCUGGGAGAUGGGAAGCUUUAUGGAGGAGGGAGGCCUGGAGGAGCAGCUGCGGGAGGAGGUCCAGGGGAGAAGCAGAGCCAGAUGCCCUCUCAGCAGUACAUAGGAGGAGGAGGGGGAGGAGGAGGCGGGGCCGGAGGUGGAGGUGGCGGAGGACAGGAGGGGAAAGGAGGAGCCGCUAAGGAGGAGUCCCAGUCGCUGCUACGGCGACGCCGAGGCAGCGGCGUCUUCUGCGCCAACUGUUUGACCACCAAGACGUCGCUGUGGAGGAAGAACGCCAACGGAGGCUACGUCUGCAACGCGUGCGGCUUAUACCAAAAACUCCAUUCGACACCCAGACCUCUAAACAUCAUAAAGCAGAACAAUGGUGAGCAGAUAAUCCGGCGCCGCACGCGAAAGCGGCUCAACCCCGAGUCGCUGUCGUCCGAGACGCCGCCCACAAAGCAGCCGCGCGCCACCGGCGAGGAGCGCGUGAACGGCGACGAGUCGGACCGGAGCUGCGCCUCCGUCAAGAACCAGCAGCCGUCCCCUCGCUCGCGCUCCCCCCGCUCCACCCAGGCCUUCCUGGCCAAUCAGACGCUGGAGAUCCACAGGCGCAUGCCUCCGCUCCUCCUGCCGUCGCACCCCCCCUCCUCGCUAGCGGCGGAGGGCAACGGGGGCAUCGCCGACGGAGGGAUAUCCAAGGUGGAGGGGGGCAAAGGGGCCGGGUCCGAGAGAGGCAGCCCCAUUGAAAAAUACAUGCGUCCGUCGAAACCCUCCAGUUAUUCGCCCCCGGGGUCUCCCAUUGAAAAAUACCAGUAUCCCCUUUUCUCUUUACCGCUGCCAUUAACACUCUCACCUGAUUUGACACCUGAGUCAGACUGGCUCAGGUUUUGGACCAAGUAUAAGAUGGCAGCCGCCUCCGGGGUUCCUGGGAACAUCAGCACUCUGAGCCCCGGUGGCCUCGCCAAUAACGCCCAUUAUCUCGGUGCCAUGGUGACGCCGGUACAGCAUCAUCAGCAGAGCUACACCGUGCCUUACUGUGCCUCUCCCUACUCCCCCCUCCCGCCGCCUCCUGCCCCUCCUCACUAUCCUCCUCCUCCUCUUCAUCCUCAAACCUCCUCCUCCUCACCGUCAACAGAAAACGACGCUCCUCUGGAUCUCGCAAUAAGACAGCGAGAUUCGAGUUCUGCCAACGCGCACGCGUCCACAAACGGCGCCGAGGCGAGGAGGCAGGAGGCGCCGCCCGGCGAGAGGCUGAGGGAGACCUGGGGAGGAGAGAAGGACGAGGAGGAGAGGACAGAUGAAGGGGCCAACCAGGUGGAAGAGGUCACGGGCGACGAAAAGCGGCGUCUGGCAGCGGGUCGAUCGAAAGAUACGGCGGAGGCGUCCACGCAGGACGAUCUGACCAAUCGCUGCGUCCACUGCGGGAUCUGCUUCCUCGACGAGGUCAUGUACGCCCUGCACAUGAGUUGCCAUGGUGACCAGGGGCCAUACCAGUGCAGCUUCUGCCUCCACGUGUGUCUGGACCGCUACGACUUCACCACGCACAUUCAGAGGGGCCUCCACAGGUACGCGGCCGAGGCGGCGCGCGAGGGCGAGGGCGAGGACGGCGAGCGCGUGAGCCGAGCGGAGAGCGGUCGGCACGAAGCCACGGCCGACGGCGACGCCGCGGGUACGCGUCACGAUCCACACCAGGAAACAACGGGCGCCGGUGCCGACGACGGCGGACCAGGAAGUGAUAAGGAGGCGGGGUCAGACGUAACAAAGCAGGAAGUAGGAAGCAAACUGGUGUCAGACGACCCCACAGACGCCCCCGAGGUCACAACUGCUGCGGAGUCUAAAGACUUGGAUGAGAACACAGGGAGUGAUUAAAAGUGAUGCCUUUGACUCAUACAGACCUUUAAACAGGUUUCAGUGGAUGAAUAAGCUGUAUGCCUCCAUGUUCCUAGAGGCUAGCUCAUGUCAAGAUGGGCACUAAAUGGAACACAUCCUAAUGCUGGAAGCACUCGGCUGUCAAAUGCUCAGAAAUCAUUGUAGGAUCCUGCUGAACUGCUGCAGGGAUAGUUGGGAGACAUGGCUGGAAUCCUACGUUGAGUGACGGUCACUUGACAGCUCUGUGGCAAGUAUUCCACAACAACAGAGUUCAGGCAUGCAGCUGAAAUUACCUUUAAUAAACAGCCACUCUGCAGAUGAGAGGACUGAAAGCGCCGCCGAAAGUGGGACUGGUCUCGUUCCGGAUGAGCCGGUUGAGCUCGGCGUCUGCUGAAGAGCAGAGCAAAAAAAAAAAAAAAAUGAAAGCGCUAGAAGCAAAACACUUAGAAGGAACGUGACAGAGGGAAUCUGUAACGCGUCACGCCAAACGGAACCACGAGCUGGUCCAAGUCCGGUGCCUCCAGACGCCUACCUUGGUGCAGUCCGACCACACGUGGUCAGAACUGCUCUGUUUUUCCCGCUGCGCGAAUGCAUUUGAAGCCAAAACUGUCUCCGCUGCAGAUCGGCUGGUUCAAAAGCAACUGUUACACGGGCGUGAAGCGUUCUCGGAUCAAUGCAAAAUCACCAUCGCUGCAAGUGGCCUGCGACGGGAGGCGGAGUGGGCCCGGUUGGGCCGUAACCAGCGUCAGCCGGGCCCCAAGUGUUCUCUUCACCCGUUUGGAUCGGUCCAAGUGACGUACUUUUCUACCUUCCUCCGUGCCAUGAAACUAGCUAUGUGCCUGGCUGCCUGCCUAAUAGAACAACCAUCUAUUAACCUGCUUAACAUUUAUAUUAAUAAUAAUAAUGGUAAUAAUAAGAAUUAUGACAAUGUUAUAUUACAAACAUGCAAUUUGCUACAUUUUACAGUAUAAUAUGUUAUUUUGUAAAGGCAAAUAAUGCUUUUUUUUGCAGGAAAUGGUACUAUAAAAAACUAGAUAGUGUUUUUUCUGUUGUUUUUCUGUUUGUCGAGGAGACUUGUUACUUGGAUAACAGGCGUCUCACAGACGCGGUACGGGGAGAAGCGCGGGGGGGGUGGUUUGUGUGUACGUGUGCGUUUGUGUAAUUGCAUUCACGUGCGUGAGGAUGCCUCCGUCCCCAGCCGCUGAUCUAAACUUAAUGAAGGCUUGUGUUGGUGUUUCAGUCCUCAGGGGUCACGCGUGUUACACACACACACCCACCUGUUCAUAGCAUGUGACACAUCACUUUUACAUGAAUGGUCUAAUGGUUUGAGCAUGUUCUCAUGUUGUUUAUUCGUCAGUAGAUCGACACGAUCUUAGUAUGUAACAUUUUGUCGUAUGUCUUUUAUGUUGUUAGAUGACAUUAUUUUAUAGAGAGCCUUAGGGAGAAAAACCCUAAAUUCUAUCAAAAGGAUCGAUUAUUUGGGUUCAGCUCUGGGUUGAGUCUACGGAGCUUCUUGCCCACAGUGUUUAAUUCAGCCUAUCUCGUAUGUAGGUUGCCUCUAUGUAGCAUGUUAGCAUCUGCAAAAUAAGUUGCCUUUACUAGAGACAGGAACUGUUACGUGUUAGACCUGGAUCACAUUGAAAACAUGGGAUGUAAAGCUACGUUUUAUUACUCGAAUGAAGUAAAGUCGUCACCUUGCUUUCAGCUCCAACCAGCUCAGCCCAGUCGACGUCCAGUUCGUGACAGCUGCGUCCUUAAGCCAAACCUUUUUACGCCUCUCAUGCUUACGUGUUGCCGCUGAGGGAGCGCGGACGGCGCGGUCUCUCCCCAUCAGGGCAACAUUGUGUCCGCGUAGUUUAUUUUUCUAAGGGGGAUCCCUUUCCCAGCCUCGCUGCCUUAGUUGCUAGAAAACAGAGAUCACCGCGGGAUGUCUUUCUGGGGAAUAACAAAAAGCCUGUAUGAAUCGAACGACAGGAAGGAAGUAGCUAAAGAACGAGGAAGAGAUCUAUUUUUCUACGCUUAUUCAACACAUGAAUGACAAAUAUGGCUCCCAGUGCCUGGUAGCUUGUACAGUCUCUUGCAACAGGUACAGUACGUUCCUCUGUUUCUCGUCAGCAGGUUAUUUAAGUAGUGAUUGAUGCUUGAACAGACUGGUACGUUCGCGUUCAAACUGCUUUUAGUUUUAGUUGUUGUCUUUUGUUUUUUUUUUUUGCAUGUACGUACACUACUCUGUGGGAAUGUUAAGACGUGUGCAUUGGUUACUUGGGUAUGAAAGACUUAUUACCUGGGAGAAGUUCUCUACUGUUCCACUGCUCAGCCGUGUGGCCGCUCUGCCCGUAUCUUGGUAAAUGUCAUUCUGAGGUGUUAUUCAAAGCAGGAGUUGAGGCCUUCUUAAUCAGUUUUUACAGGUUAACCCGGGACAGCAAAAGGUCAGAUUACAACAUUAUUUCCCAACCAACGGCGAGAUGAGAUUCCUUUAUUGCAGAAAUGGGGAGAAGCCAGAUAAAUUCUGCUCUCGGCUCAGAACUCUAUACAGACAGACAGCUGAACUGAAAAUGGGAGUGUUUGCCUUAAACCUAAAGCCACCAGGUAAUUAAUUCAAUUUAAUAAUCAUGCAUUACAGUCGGGACAUGUCGGCCCUCGUUUUAGGAAAUCUCGUGGCUGACUUGGAAGAGCUGGGCUUGUUUUGUUUCUCUCUUGAAGAGCUGCUAGCAAAAUACAAACUGUUUACAUUUUCAAACGUAGCAAAAUGAAUGAAAGGAACGAAGCACUGACUUGAAAGACACAACAAAGGCGGUGGUGCGAAGAACAGAGGAGCCGGCAAGUUUGUCUGUCCACUAGAAACGCCUUUAUUUCUGCGCGAACGUGUGAUCAGGGUUUCACACAAGUCUUAAACAAAGGUAAAGGGAGCCGAACGUAACCAAUUAAACGGGAAACCAAGUUUGAGGCCGAUUCAUACACAAAGGGGCCUCUUCUCACUCGUUUAACUGGGCGUGCGUUUCAUCACCCUGUAGGACUUGACUGAAAGUCGGAUAAUGUCCGGGGUCAGUGCACCUGCUGAGGUGGGUGGAACCAGGCCUUGGACGAACACGCCAGAUAAAAAGAGCAGGUGCAGCUGUUGCAUCGAUUGGGCCGCUGGCUUACAGUGUGUUCCGCUUAUCCAUCGACCUUCUCCCACCCUCUGCUCAGCGCUUGGUGGGACUUAAUGGGAGCUGGUCAGGUCACGGCCAACAACAGGUUGAUUCUGUUGCCCCAGAACCUUAUCAUGUCUUCACUUUGUUUCCCCCGGGGGGCUGCCUGACUCGCGCUGAUGCCAACGUCGCCCCCCCCCCCCUCAUUAACAACUGCAACAGCCUUAAGUUUGAUGGCAUUUGACGUCAGCGUUUACAUUGGAGGGCCUUAACAAGUAUUUUAAGUUUUUGUCUCUGUAAGAAUGUGUUUAGAAAAUGAUGCUGUUGCUUGCACUCAUUUAUUAUCUUCUUAUUGCCAAGGAAGGGACGACACACACACACACACACACACACACACACACACACAGGUACAGGUUGAGUGUACAUUUAGUGGUGUACAGUAUUAACCAUGAGAGGCCAGUUUAUGGUUGGCCAGACGUACACACGUGCAUGCAUACACACAUAAGCGUUGUACAUUUAACCAGCAUAUGUUAGUGGAAUUUUGUGUCUUUUCUGUUGAAUGGCUUUUUUAGACAAACGGGAUUCGUUUAGGUUAUUUCCUCCCAUGUUGUAUUUUAUUCUGCUACCUUUCUGUACGUUAUUGUUUUUAGGUUUUAUUUCAUGCAAAAAUGAAAGUUCAGCAAAAAUAUUUUGACAACCAAGAAAAGUUUGUUACACAGCUAAACUUGAAGAAUAAUGUUGAUUAUGAUAAUAAUUAAUAAAAAUAAUAACAACAACCAUA